AUGGCACGAAGAAGAGUACCAACUCGAUAUCAUCCAAAAUCGAAAUCACCUCCUUCACCUUUACGAACAAGGUUGGAACUAUUGACUUAUGCCUUUGCUCGAUUACCACCUAGACAAUUACCUUUCUUAGCUAGUUAUGCUUAUGUAAUAAUAUACGCUGCGGAGAAAGGAUGGGUAGAUAAAGAGAGUCUAGGGAAGGGAGGUGCUAGUAUCGUCGGGGUACUGAGUAUGGUCACCGGCUUACUAGUCUCUUAUCGAUUCUCUUCGGCGAUACAGAAAUGGGACGAAGGGAGACAAGUCUGGGCAUCGGUCAGAAUAACCAUCAGAGAUGGGAUGCGAAUGAUAUCGAUCCCACCCGCAGCAUCGAUACAUUCUCCCGCACUGAAUUCACAAGAGGGGGUGCCGGAAGACGCAGAUAAGGAGAUAGAACCGGUAAAACAAAUGUCUUCUACUGGUUCUUCACCUUCCAAAGAGGACAAAGGGAAAGGCAAGGAAAGAAGAGAUCCGACAACAAGUCGAGUGGAUGAAUUGGCUGGCUUAUUGGUUGGAUUUGCUUUCGCUUUACAACACCAUUUACAUGGAACGAGACCGUUGCCCCAGCCACCGCUAUGUGAUCUGUUACCAUCAUCGUAUCUUGCCUCGUUGAAAAGGACAGAAGCAAGAGUCCGAUUUGCUGAAUCUCACGCUGGACCAUCUGGCUCCAACUCGAAUUCGACGUCACCCUCAGAUAACCCAUCGGCAAAAUCCGUAUCGCCGUUGCUAGGCUCGUCGUCGGUAGUUGGGGAAGAUGGAUAUAGACCGGGAUUGAGAAGAAGGGGUACAGGUCCACCUACGAAAGAAGAAAAAGAUCUAGCAAACGAAGAUGGUGAAUGGGAAUUAAGUAAUCUAAGAGAAAAAGCUCAGGAAGCAGUCAAUAAGUUGACUGAAGCUAUAACUUUAUCCGGCUUAACAAAUUUAAUAGAUGAAGAAAAUUCAGAAUUAAAACAACAAUUAAAUCAAUUGAACUUACCUCUCAAUGAAAUUGACAGAGAACAAUCUUUUAGUCAUAAUGGUGGUGUUUUAACAUCUUCGGAAAAUCAACUUGGUGUCGUUGGAUCAUAUUCUGAAGAUGGUAAAGGUAUAAAAAUGAAAUCAAAAUCAAAAUCAAAUCUGCAUUCACCAAAUCCACCUAAUCUACCUUUGGCGUUACUGAAACUCAUCGAAGCAUACGUUGUCGGUUUAGCAGGAGUGGAUUCUGAAAAAGGAGGCUGGACCGAUUCGAAGAGGGAAAGGGGUCUAGCCAUAGUUCAUGCCAUGAGUAACCAAUUAGGUGAAGCAGAAAGACUCUUAACCAAUCCACCGCCAUUGCCAUUAACACUACAUCUGUCACAUCUCUUGAUCAUUUACUUGGCGGCUUUACCAUGUUCUUUACUUUGCGUCGUAAAUGGCUGGUCUAUGAUCUUGAUUACUGUAGUUGCAGGUUGGUGCUUAUUGGGUUUGGAAGCUUUAAUAGGUGAAGUAGGAGGUGUUUUCGGUAGUUCAGAAAAUCAUUUACCACUACCUAUGUUUACUCAGCAGAUCUUGAACGAGUCGUUGGAUAUAUCACCCGCUUUCUUGAGAUAUUAUAGAAGUAGGUUAGUGAGUAAAUUAGGAGAGAACGAAGAAGAAGUUCAGGAAUUGGAUAGAAGAUCUAGGAGAAGCGAGUGUGAAUGGACACCUUCUUUUGGAUAA